AUGCAGAGUGAUGGCAAAAAAUAAUAAUCAACUAUGAUAGAUCCGUAAUUAAGCAUAAAUACUUCCAAAAACGAUAUAGAGGUUAUUGGUGCAGAUUUAAGAUUUUUCAUAGAAUAGUUUCAACUUUAUUAAAUAAGAAAAAUGUAAUCUAAUCUCACUUGGAUCUGGUUGUGAUACUCUUCCCUUUUUAAUAUGGCAAAUUUAUCUAAACAAUGUUAUGUUCAAGUAGAUAUACCUUUGUCGUUGACGGAAAAAUAAAGAAGUUGAAGGAAUUGAAUAAAUUGAAAAUAUUAUUGGGAGAAAUUAUAAUUUCAGAAAAUAAUUUUCAAGCAAAAUCAUAAAAUUAGACUUAUAUAUUUGGGGAAGACAUAUGCAAUACUGAAAGAUUGCAUUAAUAUUUAAAAUCAAUCGAUUAUACUAUUCCAACCUAAUAUUCUAAAUUUAAAUAUUCUAAAGAAAAGGUUUUAAAGUUAAUCAUGAUUUGA